AUGUCGCUGCACAAGGCACAAUACCUCUCAGAAAGCACGACGGAAAUCUCGUCCAUUUUGCAGGGCGGGUACAACCACCCAUUGGCACGGGAGUGGCAAAGUGAGAGACAGCUCACAAAGUCCAUGUUUAUUUUCCCGCUUUUCGUGUCCGACAUCCCGGACGAGGAGACUGUCAUGGAGUCCUUGCCUAACAUCAAAAGGGUAGGCAUCAAGAGGUUGUUGCAGUACGUGGCCCCGCUAGUUGAAAAGGGAUUGCGUGCAGUGAUUUUGUUUGGCGUGAUUUUGAAACCGGGCGUCAAGGACGAGGAAGGCACGCCUGCCGACGACCCGGAAGGCCCGGUCAUCAGUGCUAUCAGGUUGCUCCGCGAGAAAUUCCCGCUGCUUUACAUCAUGUGCGACGUGUGCUUAUGCGAGUACACGAGCCACGGCCACUGUGGCAUUUUGCACGAGGACGGCACGUUAAAACGCGAGAAGUCCGUGUUGAGAAUUGGCGCGGUGGCGGUCAGCUAUGCGCGGGCCGGCGCAAACUGCUUGGCGCCAUCCGAUAUGAUGGACGGGCGGAUCCGUGAAAUCAAGCGUGGGCUUAUCGAGGCGCAGUUGGAGAACAAGGUGCUCGUGAUGAGCUACUCGGCCAAGUUCUCGGGCUCUUUAUAUGGGCCGUUCAGGGACAUUGCUGGCAGCGUGCCGAGCCACGGCGACAGAAAACUGUACCAGUUGCCCAGUGGAGGAGCCGGGUUGGCCCGGCGUGCAUUGCUCAGAGACAUUGAGGAGGGCGCCGAUGCGUUCAUUGUCAAGCCCUCCACGUUCUAUCUCGAUGUCGUCAACGAGGCGUCGAAAAUCUGCAAGGAUUUCCCACUUUGCGUCUACCAGGUGAGCGGGGAGUAUGCGAUGUUGCACGCGGCAGCAGAGAAAGGCGUGGUGGACUUGAAGGCAAUUGCGUUCGAGUCCCACCACGGGUUCUUGAGAGCUGGAGCCCGCUUGAUCAUCUCGUACUUCACGCCAGAAUUCUUGGACUGGUUGGACUUGUAG